AUGGGAGUUGACGGAAAACACUUUGACCCGAGGCAACAAACAUCUCUUCUGAUGUCUGGCUCAAAGGAAGUGGUCGAUUUUGGGGCCUUCGUGGAGGCCGAGGUGCCUGACCAGAGCGAGGUUCUCCGGGGUCUGGUGCACAUCUCCGAGAUUGGGGACGGAUACGUGGAGAGCGUAUCCGCCGUGCUUCAAGUGGAUCAGGAGGUCGACGUGAGAGUAAAGGACAUUCGCACAGACGGCAAGGUGAGCCUGACCAUGAGGGAACCAGAAGUGAAGGCAAAAAAAUUGCAGGCCAGCAGCACUCGCGCCGAUCUUGCUGAGGGGACCCAGAAGGCAAAUGAGGCAAAUGUGUCGUCCAGCACCGCGCAGGGUGUUAACCAGAGCAUUGAGGAGAGCACGAGGAGGGCGCCUCUAGCCGCACUUGGAGCAGACGAAUGGCUUCCUGCCGUCGUCAAGGAGGUGGGUCCUUUCGGCGCCAAGCUCGAGGUCACAGACCCUGAAACAAGCGAGGCUGUCUAUGGCUGGGUGCACAUCUCUGAAGCUUCUGACGGUCUCCUCGUGGAUCAGAGGGUCUCCGACGUGCUCCGGGCAAAGCAGAAAGUCAGGGCCCGCGUGCUGAAAGCUGCAGAAGGAGACGGAGACGUCAACGUGAGCUUCUCUCUGAGAUCUGCGCCGGAGCCCCUCGAGCCCCUCGAGCUCAAAACGAGCCUGCAUGGAACCGUUGAGAACGUGUCACUUUCGGGCGCUUUCCUUCGUAUUUCGCAAAACGGUGCAGACAUUGUGGGCUUCUUGCCUUCGAGCGAAGUUGAUGCAGCAAGGACUGGGGCAGAAGGGUGCCUGUCGGAGGGCCAAGAGGCUCGCGCUGACUACGAGGCACAUGUCCGAGACAACCUUGAGACCUUUGUGGACGAUCCGCUCAUCAUCAAGAUUCAGUUGGCACCGGAGCCUCCCUGCUCCCGCGAGAUGGCAGCUGAUGUUGGCUUGGAGGAGCUGGACGACUGGCUGGACGAUGAAGAUCGCCAAGAAAUACAGCAGCCCGAGAUUCCAGCUGCGCCGAGGAUGCCACCAGGUCUCGAACCUCCUGCCACGACAUCCGGCGGGAACAGGCUUCGAUCUGAGGAGGUACCUUUGGAACCACCACGCCUGGAAACACCUGCGCCACGCUGGGUUUGCUUUAGAUGUGAGAGCGAGCAGUUCAGCCGGGACCAAGAUGGAUGGUUUUGCUCGGUGUGCUCCAGCAGAGACUUCUACAACAGCAGCGCGCCCGGCCGACGGCUGGCGCCAGCAGGAACGUGGGUGUAUGUUCCGCGUGCAGACCCUGAGCCCAAUGGUUUCGACGCUUCGCCCGGGACACCUUGGCGACCUUCGACCUUGGAUGGCCUGUCUUCGACUUCGCCGUCGGCUCGUGAAGCCCGGCGUCCCGCUGGAAGCUUCCCUUGGCAAGAGUGGGCCGAGGGACACCGCCGUGAGACAGCAGAGUCGGAGCGGGCGACGACGGACCCGACCGUGGACCCAGACAAGAUCGGCGCCCUCCGGAAGUACAGCCCCGAGGACAGCCUGGAGGUCACGACCCUGAACAAGAUCGAGAUGUUGACGGCCGUGGCACCUGGAGGGGAAAGACCCAAGCCCGGAGUCAAGUACCGUGGCGGGGCGCCCCCUCAGCCACCGACCUGGAACUAUGCGCGGGAAGAUGUGCGUGCGUAUGACAGGUAUGAGAGAAAAGUGCGAGUGUGGGAAAGGCAAGUUUCCUCCUUCAUGCCGAAGAACGAGGCCGCGAUGAUGCUCUACGUGUCUCUGAGAGGCGAGGCGGAAGAGGAGCUAGAGUUCAUGGACAUGGGCGAGAUAGACUCGCCGAGCGGGAUAGAGAAUAUCUUGCAGUCUUUGAGGCGGCCUCUCCAAACACGUGCAAUCUACCUCAAGCGAAAGUUCCUGCACGACUAUGAAUACCUUGGUCGAAACAACAACGAAUCGAUCAGGUCCUUUUGCAACAGAUAUCACCGGACCGAGAAAUCUUUGCUGGCUGCAAGGAUCGACGUGAAUGCGAUGUAUGAUGCCGAGUCCCGUGGCAGCCGGUUGCUGGACAGGAUGCGCCUUACUUCGGAACAGCAGCGCCUCAUCCUUGUGGCGACGGGCCAGAGCUUGCACUUUGACAGCAUACGCGAGUCGGCCCAGCUGCAGUUUCCUGAACAUAGGGCGACGCCACCUGUGGCCUACCACCGGGAGUUCGAGAACGUGCAGCAUCGGACGUCUGGAUAUCCAGAUGGCAGUCAGCGAGGCGAAGACGACAUGCCGGGAAUCCCGGAAGAAGACGAUGACGACGCACAGGGCGACGAUGACGACGAGGAGCUUGUGCCCCAGGACGACCCCGAGAACAUCGAGGACGUCAUGCGCGAAGUGGCAGAUUGCUUGACCGUGACUGCGAGAAGACUCCAAGGAGUCACCCUGGGAAGGAAAUUCUCUGGAGGUGGCAGAGGCAAAGGUUUGGAGCAGCGUAAAAAGAAUAGCCAUUGCAUGGCUUGCGGCCAGAAAGGCCACUGGCAAGGGGAUGAGUCCUGCCCCGUGAGCGCCAAAGGCGGUCGCGGCUCCUCAGCCUCUUCCUCUACCACUUCGCUUCCAAAGGGCGACAGGCGCGACAAGAAGGGAGCAGCGCCAAAGAAAGUCCUCACGGUGUUCCACCCAGCGGGCCUAGACAAGUCGGUUUCCUUCGAGAGCAGCAGCCCCGUCCAAGACCCCGAGGCCGAACAAGAGCACGAGCAGACACAAGAGUACGGGUCAUACUUCACAACCUUCAUGACUGCGUUUGUUGGGCCUCCUCAAGAAGUUUUCCUUAGUCGUCCUGGGGAUUAUGCUGGAUUCGCUGUUCUUGACACCGCCUGUCAGAGAAGUUUGUGUAGCAAGACAUGGUUGAACAGCCACCGUGAGCAACUUAGGAGUUUCAAGCUGGAUGCGAAGCUGAGACCCGAGAACGAAGGCUUUCAGUUCGGCACCGGGCCCAUCCAAAUCAGCAGUGAGCAUGCGUACUUCCCAACAUGUCUAGAUGGCACCUUGCAAACAUGUUCGCUGUUUGGGGCUUCAGUGAUGGAUGGUGGCAGUGAGAUACCGCUGUUGUUGAGCUUGGGAAUGAUUUCGAAGAAACUCAAAGCCGUUCUGGAUUUCCCCAAAGGUGUUGCCUACCUCGGGGUGUUCGGCGUAGAGGUCCCCAUCGUCAAGAUCAGUGGGCACGUCUGUUUGGCCCUGAACAAGUUCCCCAAGAAGCAUUUUGCGCAAUGGAAGUCACUGAGCAGCGUUCUGGAUCAAGGUGACCCAGACGUGGAGUUUGUGACAGCCCCUGCCUCAGAGACCUCGCCAACACAUGUUCACAUCGCUGCCGCCACCUCAAUGGCUUCAGAAGUGGCGCAAAAUGGUGCUGAUGUUCCUCGGCGCCGAGAUGCAGCUCCUGCGCUUCAUGGCGCAGACGGUUCGCCUUCGACUUCGACCACGCUCUUGGCUGGUGCACCAGGACCCGAUGCACCAGCGGUGGACCGACAACUUGAUCAACUACCUCCAGAUGCCCUGCGAACAUCCCGCGGCGAUGCUGGCUCGAAGCGGCAAUCGCCACGGCCAGUUCCAAAAGUGUUGCCAGUGCGGAACAAGGUGGAAAUGGGUGCACGGAGCGUGGGAAGAGCUGCCCUCUACACCAUCGCAGCGGCCGUUGCCUCCCUCUCGCACAUAUGGAGCGAAACGGGAAUGGGCGAUCCGGUUGUUGCCGGCGAUGGACGUGCAAUGCUCAACGGCUUCUUCUUCGGGGAGCCGGUCGGUGACUGGACUGACGGCAAAGGCCAAACCUUCGCCGCCCUGUCGGCGGUGGGCAGCGAUGCUCUUCAGCAGGCCCCGGCCGAAGAGGAGCAGGAGAACGAGCAGAUCGACGACGACCUGAGCGACACCUACGACUGGAGAUGCCCUUUUACAAGAGCGUCUAACAGCCUGCCAAAGAUUGACGUGCUUGAAAUCUUCGCGGGCACGGCCGGCAUCACCAUGACGGCGCGGCACUACGGCCUCACGGCGCUCCAGCCCCUCGACUUUGUCUACGGCCAGGAUCUCAAUGACAAGGAGCAGACCAAUACGUUAAAAAACGCGGUGCGGCAGCUGAGACCACUUUUCCUUGUGUGUCGGUGGCCCCACAAGAAUGCCGGCGACGCACAACUUGGCAACCUCGAUGACCUGUACAACCUCGGAGCCUGGGCUUGCCGUGAACAAUGUCACCAUGGUCGGCUAUUCCUUGGAGAGCACGACCCACGCGGCCGAUUCUGGCAACGUGAGUGUGCAGCCUCCCUCUUGGAAAUCAAGGAUGUGCAUAAAACCGUGUGCCACGCAGGUGCUUAUGGAGAGGAGGACGAGCAAGGAUAUCCUACGACCCAGCAGCACCAAUGGAUCUCAAACAGCCGGGCGGUGCUGGACCGGUUGGGGAACAAGCUCACCGAGGAACAGCUGAUGUACUGCCAGGACCAGCCUACGAAGUCCGUGCACAAGAAGGGUUACCCGUGCUUUGGUUUGAUAUCUUCGGUGCUUAAAGGUGUCCAGGAAGAGGCUAGGCGACGUUUCCCUUCUCGGUUUCAGCAUAAGACCUUCGAUGUGAUGUACGCGCGGCCUCUGAACGACCCGGAGACCUGGAAGCAAGUACUGAACGAGAUUGAGCAGCGCUUCUCCAACACCCAUAAGAAGCCCUUCAACCUCAAUCCCGGCGACCCUCUUCGAGAAGUUCUUAGUCAACUCGUGCCGUGGCAACUGGAACGCGUGCAAGCUGCCUGGACACCACAGUCCCGGCGAUGGCCACAGGAUAUACCCUUCACGCAUCGAGGCGCAGCGCUGAUGCUCACCACUGGGGAAGUUGCGAUAGAAUCCGAGGACCUUUCCCAGGUGACCUAUCCCAAACAGCGCUUUGCCAAGCCGAUCCGUGUGGCUGUGUUCUUCUACGGUGUCUAUCCAGUUCAGUGUCCCAGCUUCGCCUGUGCCGCCUACACCGAGGAGUACCAGGCGCUGCAGUACGACAGUGCACAGUACGACAGCGCCCAGUACGCCUCUCCAGCCUUGAGCCCAGGACUGCCCGCUACACCUUUGAACGCAGCGCCUGGGACUCCAGACUACACGUCGCUUCCGCUGCGACAACCUCCACUUGAACCAGGUGGACACGUCACGCACAACGAGCACCACGAUGCUAACGACACAGAUGCACAGGAGACUCAGCCAAACCUUGCUGAGCAAGCGUCAGCUUCCACUCGGCCAGCUCAAGCGCAGGCCAUGGAAACGCCCGAGGAAGAGCUACCCACUCUACCUCAGAAGCGGCCGGCGGCAGUUCUUGUGACGAGCAGGCCGCUGAACUUCAACUACCACGACAACGGCGAGGUGACGCUCCGGGACUACCAAGACGACGGCGGCUACAACAACAUUCCCUUCAAGCGGAACUACGUUUACAAGUGCUACCUGAACAGCGGCGUCCGCAAGAAGGAGAUGAACGAGGCCGGCGUGACCGAGGAGCCCGAAAGGAGCGACGAGUCCUCGGACGACAACUCGAUGAGCACAUCAAACUCCAGGACCCACAGCCGAAAAGAGCUUAAACAACUUGACCGAGAAAUUCCCUGGAGACAGCUGACAAUUCUCCCGAAGCCUCAGCUGGACGCCUACCUCGAGGCCACUCGUGUCGAGAACGACAACUGGAUGUCGUGGGGCGGGAUUCAACCAAUAUCCCACCGGGAGGCCAAGUGCAUCCUGGGCGACGCGAAGCUGUCCCGCCGCAUACUCAAGUCGCGGGCAGCCUACCGGGACAAGUCGAAAGGCAUAGGUCCCUUGAGACCCAAGUGCCGUGUGGUCAUCAUAGGCUGUGCUGACCCGGAUUUGUUCCAGAUAACCCGGGAUUCACCGACUCCGACAAGGCUCUCGGAAUCGCUGCUUAUGACAAUAGCCGCGGCCGGCAUCAACAAGGAGUACAACUACACUGGCGAACGCUGGCACUUGUGGGCGUCAGAUGCCAAAUCGGCAUUUCUUCAAGGAGAUCAAGAUGCUUCAGAGCGCAACGGCCCAUUGUACAUGCGGCCCCCAAGGGACCCUUUGAUCGAGGCCACCGGCAGCUUCCCAGCCGAGCUCUACCUUGUGACAGGCAACUGCUAUGGAUUGCCCAACGCGCCAAGAGUUUGGUACCUGCGAGUGCACAAGACCAUGCUCGAGCGCGGCUUCAAGCGGCAUUCGUUCGACAGAUGCUUGUACUACUACGUCGGCGACGGCAACAAGCUCCAAGCAGUGGUGAUCAUCCACGUCGACGACUUCCUCGCGACGUACAGCGAGAGCUUCCCACUGCACCUGUUGGAGAACAUGUUCGUUUGGGGCAGCAUCACCAAGGUGACGACCGAGGAGCACGCCGUGUACCGUGGAAAAGAGAUACGGCUUCACCAAGAAGGCAGCCGCUUCAAGUACUUGGUGACUCAGUCCGAGUUCAUCGAGGGCAUGGAAGGAGGCAAGAUCGCUCGAGGGCGAGGCCAGCAAGCUGCAAACUUGACGCCCAGUGAAUGGGCAGACUUUCGCAGCGUCAGCGGCAGCCUGCAGUGGAUUGCCGGCCAGACAAGGCCAGAAAUCGGACCCUUGGUUUCGUUGAGUAACCGGGGAAAGGCUACCGACUACAAGGACCUCCAGCGACUCUACGAAGCGGUGGAGUUCUUAAAAGCCACUCCUCGAGAUGGUUUAGUUUACCAGGACAUCGCCCUGAAUAAGGACAGCUGCUUCGUGACCUACACCGACUCCAGCUUUGCUAACGCCGAGCUCAAAUCGCAGUACGGCGUCCUUGUCUUCCUGAGCCAGGUCCGCGUGACCGCCGUGAUCACGAAAGGGACGCUAGUGGACUGGAAGUCUGCAAGGUCGGCAAGAGUUUGUAGGUCAACGCUGGCAGCCGAGGCAAGUGCUGCAGACGAGGGCUCUGACAGAGCAGGCUUCGCGAACCUCUGCUUGAGUGAGCUUUUCACAGGACAUCAAGCACUCAAGGCACCACCUGUUUUCCCGAAUGUUCAAGCCUCCGGACACGAGCUCCUCGUUGGUUGCCUUUGCAACAUCGUCCCCGCACAUGUGGUGGUGCAGCAAGCCACUCCCGUUGGCCUCUUUGCCGUCCUGCAACCUCCAGGUGGUGGCGCAGCCGUGAAGGGCUUCGUCCACAUCUCCGAGUUGGAUGAACAUGUGAAGGCUGACAUUGCAGUAGGCGAUUCAAUCCGCGUGCGAGUGCUGGACGCAAGCUCGGGACGCCUCCAGCUGUCAAUGAGGCAUGUGAGGCAGCCGUAG